CCGAUCACCAACUUGAGUACCACAUCAGUGGAACCACAACAAGAUAAAGUCCUCCUGUCUUAUUCUCUCCCAGCGAUCUGCGAGUGGCGAGAGCGAUGUCGAUGCACUUUUACCAGCUGAGCACCAAGCUGCUCGGGGACACCGUCAGUAAAAUGAACGAAAAUCUGACCUCAGUGGUUUUGGUGGCUUCGUUCUUCACGCUGACGGUGGGUUAUGUUUCUAAACGGCUGCUCAAAGAGUCCUCUCACAGAGACAAGAAAUACCCACCCUACAUACCGUCCAGCAUUCCCUUUCUUGGACAUGCAGUUGCAUUUGGAAAAAGUCCAAUAGAAUUUCUUGAAAAUGCUUAUGAGAAGUACGGCCCUGUCUUCAGUUUCACCAUGGUGGGGAAAACCUUCACUUACCUGCUGGGCAGCGAUGCAGCCACACUGAUGUUCAACAGCAAAAACGAAGACCUGAACGCAGAAGACGUCUACUCCAAACUGACCACGCCGGUGUUUGGUAAAGGAGUGGCGUACGACGUGCCGAACCCUCUCUUUCUGGAGCAGAAGAAGAUGUUGAAGACGGGACUCAACAUUGCUCGCUUCAAAGAGCACGUGAAGAUCAUUGAGGCCGAGACCAUUGAGUAUUUUCAGAGAUGGGGAGACAGUGGGGAGAGAAACCUGUUUGAGGCUCUCUCAGAGCUGAUCAUCCUGACAGCCAGCAGUUGCCUGCAUGGGAAGGAGAUCCGCGGCAUGCUGAAUGAGCGGGUGGCCCAGCUUUACGCUGACUUGGAUGGAGGGUUCAGCCACGCCGCUUGGCUCCUGCCUGCCUGGUUGCCCCUGCCUAGCUUCAGGAAACGAGACAGAGCUCACCGAGAGAUCAAGAACAUCUUCUUCAAGGUGAUUGAAAAGCGCAGAAGAUCUGGAGACAAGGCCGACGACAUCCUGCAGACCCUCAUUGAUGCCACCUACAAGGAUGGUCGACCGCUGAAUGAUAAUGAGAUUGCGGGGAUGCUGAUAGGUCUGCUGCUGGCGGGACAGCACACGUCAUCCACCACCAGCGCCUGGAUGGGGUUCUUUCUUGCCCGGGACAAAGAUCUGCAGGAGCGCUGCUACGCUGAGCAGAAGGCCGUGUGCGGAGAAGAUCUGCCACCACUGGACUUUGAUCAGUUGAAGGAUCUCAGCUUGUUGGAGCGCUGCUUAAAGGAAACGCUGAGGCUCCGCCCACCAAUAAUGACCAUGAUGAGGAUGGCUCGAACACCUCAGACUGCCGCAGGAUAUGACAUCCCCGUGGGUCAUCAAGUCUGCGUCUCCCCGACCGUCAACCACCGUCUCCAAGACACCUGGGUGGAGAGGAUGGAUUUCAGUCCCAGCCGAUACCUCAACGACAACCCCGCUGCAGGGGAGAAGUUUGCCUACAUACCGUUUGGAGCCGGUCGUCAUCGCUGCAUCGGAGAAAACUUCGCCUACGUCCAAAUUAAAACAGUCUGGUCCACUUUGCUGCGCCUGUAUGAGUUCGACCUGGUGGAUGGAUAUUUCCCCACCAUCAACUACACCACAAUGAUCCACACGCCUCACAACCCCGUCAUCAGAUACAGGAGGAGGCAGUGAGAGGCAGGAGGAGGGACCUCCUGGGUGGAGGUUUUCAUGUCACGGGACUUGAACUGGAGACGAUGCAGAUGAAUGCACUAUGCUCCAGAUGCUGAAGCCUUGCCCUGUUCUUUAAUUGCACCUCAAACUGAGAAAAAACAACAUAUUCCAUUUCUUUUUUGAAAGUUUCAGAGUAAAAUGCAUCAUGAGACUCCAGCUCCAAAGCAAAUGCCGUUAUUAAAUAUAAUUACAAUGUUCCAGACUUUCAUAAUAAAUGAAACUUUUAGGUA